AUGGAUUCAAGCAUGUUUCCGUUCGGCUACGACUUCGCUCCCACAGAUGAAGAACUAUUGAUUUAUUAUUUGUUCCAUAAGAUUGUUGGAGACAUCGUUCCGUCAAUUUCGUUGCCUGUGAUCGAUAUUUACUCCCAUGAACCUGCUAUGAUAUGGCAACAAUGCGGAGGAAUGGAGGAUAAAGACAUCUACUUUUUCACGACCCUAAAAAAGAAGAAAUCUCGUAUCAUCAGGAAGGUCGGUCUUAACGGUGGCACUUGGAGUGGGGAGAGCAAAGGCCAUAAAGUAUUUUCUUCUGCUAACAAUGCUCCCAUCGGUACUAUUAAACGUUUUCACUAUGAGACUUCUGGAGGAGUGAAUGCUAAUGAUGACGAUUGUUCCUGGAUAAUGCAUGAAUACACACUUGAUCCCACCGUCCUAACCAAUGGGUUUGUACAUGAUUCGUAUGUAGUUUGUCUGAUUCGAAAAAGAAUAUUGAAAAAAGUAAGGAAUACAGUCUCGUCAACCAUACAAGCACCCUUUGUUUUUAAUGGCCCUACAACAACACAAACAGAUGCCCUUUACAUGGAUGGGGUCAAUAAAUGUCCACCGGCACAAAUGAUAGAAUCACAUGAUGAUAUAAUGUUCACAAAUGAGUUUGAGGAGCCACUAGAAGAAUUAAAUGCGGAACAUUCUGAUAAUAUAAUGUUUGCAAAUGAACUCGAGAACCAACCAGAAGAAUCAAAUGCGGAACAUUCUGAUCAUAUAAUGUUUGCAAAUGAGCUUGAGAACCAAUUAGAAGAAUUAAAUGCGGAACAUUCCGAUGAUAUAAUGUUCGCAAAAGAGAUUGAGAAUCAAUUAGAAGAAUUAAAUGCGGAACAUUACGAUGAUAUAAUGUCAGCAAAUAAGUUUGAGAAGCAACCGGAAGAAUUAAAUGCGGAACAUUGCCACAUAGAAAAAGAUUCCAGCAAUGACUUUGAAUGUCCACUCGAACAAAUGAUGAAAUUAGAUGAUCAAUCUUUUGAAAAUACAAUGUUGGUAAAUGAGUUUGAGAUGCAAUGGGACGAGUUAAACCUAGAAUUUCCAGACCUAGAAAUAAAUUCAAGUAUUGACCAUUCAAGUCAACCUGUACAAAUAAUGGAAUUACACGAUCAACUUUCAAGUGAUGAUAUAAUUUUCGCCAGCCAACUUGAGAAUCAGCUGGAAGAAUUAAACACAGAUUUUCCAGUCCUAGAAAGUAUUGACCAUUCAAGGGUUCGUGAAUUGAAAGUUGCAAAAAACUCAGAGGACAAUAGAGAGGGAUGGGAGAGAGAUCAGAAUGAGCUAUGA